GAAGCCUAGGUGGCGUGCAGAGCUCAGAGGCGAAACUUUCUAAGACCCCAGAUAUAGAGACGCGGGCGCAUCUCUGUCUCAGGCACCUGAUGAGCAUCUUCCACACUCUUCAAACGAGUAGACGGAACUUCUCCACUAUUCUGGGGGCAUCCAAUCGCCUAAAAGGAAGCCUGUUAAAUAUCUGAGAACAGCAAUAGGAAACGGUAGCCUGUUAACUUGGCUGCAGUUCUGAGAUGGCACUGUCUUUCCGAUGCAGGUGUUUGCUUUUGCUGUGUUUGACAGCCAUCCACAGUGGUCAUGGCACCGUUCAGACAUGCAUGGAUAAGCACCAGGUGGUUGGGGUGCUUCGUCAGAUGGAGAAGUUUCUGAAAGGCCAGGAGAUGCGGUUUAACGAGGGGCUCAGGAUCAUGAAGUCAAAACUGGCAGCGCUUCAGAACUCUGUCUCCAAGUUACCUCAAGCAGACCAGUCGUCUGCACCCACCACCUGCCCCUCCCUGGAAGCCCCUGCUCAUGGAACCAAGUUCGGGUCAAAGUAUUUUGUUGGCCACGAGGUCCAUUUCACUUGUUCCCCGGGCUACCGCCUUGUGGGUUCUGCGACGCGAGUUUGCCGGGAAAAUGGCACCUGGACCGGUGUCGACAUAACCUGUAAAGAUGUAAGCGAAUGUGCAAGUAAUCCCUGCCAGAAUGGAGGUACCUGUGUGGAAGGGGUCAACCAGUACAAAUGCACUUGCCCCCAAAACUGGAGUGGCUCCCACUGCCAGCACCAAACGCAGACAGCGCCCCCCGAGUGGAGUGUCAUGAACGAUCCAGCGUUCAGCCGGAGACCUCGCUGUGCCCAAGUGAACCAAGCCCAGCACUGCAGCUGCGAUGCGGGCUUUCACAUGAGUGGCACCUCUGACAAUAGUAUCUGUCAGGAUGUAAAUGAGUGUGAAGUGUACCGGCUGGACCAAGGAGGGAAACUGUGCAUCCAUGAGUGUGUAAAUGUCCCAGGCUCGUACCACUGCGCUUGCCCCAGCGGUUACAAGUUGCUUCUAGAUGGGCGGAGCUGUGAGGAUGUGGAUGAAUGUUUAAGCCAACAGCACAACUGUAGCCGAGGGACAACUUGUAUCAACAUGGGAGGAGGCUUUCAGUGCGUCAAUCCAGAGUGUCCCCACUCUCACGGCGACAUCAGCUACGUCAAGACAUCUGCCUUUCAGUGUGAGAGAAACCCCUGCCCCAUGGACAGUCGUUCCUGCCACCUGGCCCCCAAGACUGUGUCCUUUCACUACCUGUCUCUGCCCUCCAACCUGAAGACUCCCGCCACGCUUUUCCGCAUGGCGACCGCUGCCGCCCCCGGCCGCGCCGGCCCGGACAGCCUGCGUUUCGGCAUAGUGGGCGGAAACUCACGCAGCAUCUUUGUCAUGCAGCGCUCAGACAGACAGACUGGUGAGCUGAUACUGGUCCAGCAGCUGCGCGGGCCACAGGAGAUCAGCGUUGACGUGGACAUGUCCGAGUACAGCGACCGCACCUUUCAGGCCAAGCAUGUGGCCCGGGUCCACAUUCUGGUUUCACCUUACAAUUUCUGAGCAAAGGAGGAAGAUAAAGAGACUGAAAACUGUAGGAAGUUUACUUCAACCUAUUUCAAAAAUCAGUUUGUCUGAAUAAGCAGUCACAGCCCAAAUUACCAAAAGAGAGAGAAGGCGACAAAGCUGAUUUUUAAUCUCUAUUUUAUAAAUCCAAAAAUUAAUGGAGAAUUAUAAUGUAGCUGCAUCUUUAGAUAGUAUCAGUAUGCCUAUGAUUGACAAUACUUGGCUCAGUGCAUUUACAUUUAUAAGAUCUCGCUAAAUAACAGCAUAAUGAAUGCAGAAUGAGGGAUCCAUAGCUGUCAUUGCUGUUGCUUUCUGUAUGGCCACUAUAGUUAAUGUUUGUGUAGCUCAGGCCGCAGAUUUAAUGCACUGCCUUUGCUUAACUGAUGAUAAAUCCCUUUUUGACAUUAGUGCUCCCGUGGCUCUAAUUUAUUGGCGAUAAUUGUUGCUGUUUUUUUGGGGGGUUUUACAAUAUAGGAAACAGUAUGCCACAUGUUUAUCUUCAAUCAUAUACUGUAUAUUGGUUUUUUUACUAGCUUGCUUUGUUUACCUUUUGUAAUACUAAGGGAGAUUUUUAAGCAGUAGCUGCAGUGCUGUACCUGGUCUGUUUUCCCCUGUUUCUCAUAACCUGUAUGUUACCCAGAGGUAUUCUCAUUAUACUCCAAAUCAAUGAUGAUUUGUCAACCUUGCCAAUGUAAUACAUAGUUUAUCUGGAAUUUUAAUUGCCUCGGCAUAACUGCAAUAAAAUCAGUCCAACUUUUCAGUAUUUGUUA